AUGGGCAAGAGUUUUCGCAAGCAAUUUUUCUCACGCCGCCAAUACAACCUUCGAAAUCAAGAAGAAGAGACUAGACAACGAAGAAUAGAUGAACUCAAUAUUGAAAAUCACAGGCUUCAACAACUAUUGAAUUCCUCUUUAUCUCAA